AUUCGCCGAACUCGUUCAGCUUACUCACGCAGUCAGUCGAAAUCCGAAGUCACGUCAAGAUGGGAGCGAGCACCAGGACUGGCAAAUUUGCCGUCGGCUUUACGGCGGUCGCGUUCCUGUUUAUCCUGAUCGCGUUCGUGUCCCCGUACUGGCUGCAGACCGAUGGCCGGCUGGAGAAUCCCAAGUUUCACAAUCUGGGCCUGUGGGAGCUCUGUUUGAACGACUUCCAGGACAUCCACCGGUUCUACGACACCCGCUUCUCCGGAUGCAUGUGGAUCUUCGAAGAGGAGUACUACAUCCUGCACGAUUACAUCCUCCCCGGGUUCUUCAUAGCGGUUCAGUUCUUCUUUACGCUAUGCUUCACCCUUCUCCUGCUCGGAAUCCUCAUGACGCUCCUCUUCCUGGUUUGCUCCAAGGACAACGAUCGCUACAUCAUGCUGCUGCUGACGAACGGCACGACCAUGGUCGUCGGUGCCAUCUGCGGCCUCAUAGCCGUCCUAACGUUCGGAUGUUACGGAGAUAGCCGCGACUGGAUGCCCAACUGGGAGCACAACGGCAUGGGGUGGGCAUUCGCGCUCGGCGUUGUCGGCGUGUUUGCGCUCUUCCCGGCCGGGAUCCUGUUCAUCGUGGAAGCGCGACGGGCCACCUACCGCCGGCUGAACAACAUUGCCAACGGCGAGAUGGCCGCGUACACCAUGGACGAGCGGAAGUACCGUGGAGGUCACACCGAUAUCUAAGCGGGGGAGAGCGAGUAUUUUUUUUAGGUUUUAGAUUUUAGACUAGGAGAUGCGCAAUUCUCAGCGACGAAGGAACGAAUGAAUAUCAAACUAGAUUUAUGCGAUUAGGUUAAGCUAUAGAGACAGAGAUAACGCUUCACAUUCCGUCCGGAUCGUGCGUGAGGGUCACGAUCAAUGUAUUUUGAUGCAAAUUUUUAUCUUUAACGAAAUAAAAAGUUUUUAAAUAACACAAAAUACGAGUUGGUUCUGCUUAGCACCAUGGCAGCCGUCCAUUACUGGCCGCUCCACCGUGCACCAGAGUCAAGGAAAAUGAUUUGGAAGACGAAAAGAGUGGAUGCUUCACUUUUUUAAGGGGACAAGGGAAAAUCUCCACGAUAUCCCUAAAUAAGUUUCGCCUGGAGCACAAUUAAACAUGAAUAGUUCAAAAAUAUGUCUUUUGAACAUUUUCCGAAAAAUGUAUUUCUAUAUUUCAUAAUUUUGAUACAUAUUCAAACAUAAAAUGCAAGCUUAGUUUUUAGAAAAAAAAAAAAUAUAUUCGCUCUACAGCA